AUGUGGUUUGGUUCAAGUUUAUUAAGUGGUAGUUUUAACAAUAAUAACAAUAACAAUAAUAACAAUUCAAAUGUAAAUAAUAGCGAUAAUACGAAUAAUAAUAAUAAUAUGAAUAAUAAUAAUAAUAAUAAUAAUACAGAAGGAUUAACAGAAACUCCAAAAAAAAACAUGACAAAAACAAAUAUAAAUGAUGAAUUUUUAAGUGGAAAUGGUAUUUCGAGCUCACAAUCAUGUGAUUCUUUAUCAAAUUUAGGAGAUCCGGAUUUUGAUGUUAAAUCAAACUCAUCAAAUUCAUCAUCACAUGUACAACGUAGUACUGGGAAUGGCAGCGGAGCCGGUGGGAGCGAACCAAUUUACGAAAAUAUUAGAAUAGGAAAUGGCUCAAUCUCAACAAUUAUUACAUUAGAAGAAAGUACAAAAGAAAGAAACAAUUUUUAUACAAAGUUAAAAAGCCCAAAAGCAAUGGAUAUCCGAAGAAGCUUAUUAAGUUUUGUUACUAAAUUUUCAGAAUAUGGGCCAGCCAAUUAUGAAGAGCAAGGUCAUAUUAUAAUCACAUAUUCAAGAGAAUUAGAGCAUAAAAUUUUAUUACAUCCAUUGUGGCAAGACCCAACCGAAGCAGAACUCGAGGGUAUCAGAGAUGGUAUUGAAAAGUAUAUUAUGAAUAAACUUUAUCAUUGCACUUUUUUUCCAGCUAGAUUAGGUAGAUUAGAGCCACAAGAAGGAAAUAUUGUAUCAGAAAGCUUAUUAGUACCAACAGAAGAUGAUUUAAAAUUAUACAAACAUAUUAUGAUUCAUCAAUUUUUAGAGCCACAACAUUUUGAUAUAGAAAAAUUUUUUACAGUAAACGAACAACGUCAAAAUUUAGCAAUUUCAGAACUCAAGAAAAUGAAUACAUAUAAAACACCAAGAGAUAAAAUGGUUUGCGUCUAUAAUUGUUGUAAAGUUAUAUUCAAACUAUUAAAGAAUACAAAUAACAAUCCAACUGGUGCAGACGAAUUUCUUCCAAUCCUCAUCUAUGUUGUUUUAAAGGCCAAUUUACCAAUGUUAAAAUCCAAUUUAAUUUAUGUUAGUACUUUUAGAGAUCAAUCAAGAAUGAUGACUGAAAUUGCAUGUUACUUUACACAUCUCGUUUCUGCCGUUACCUUUAUCGAAAAUAUUUCAACCCCUGCCGAUCUUUCAAUAGAAGAGUCCGAAUUUUAUAGACUACGUGAAAAAUAUGAAAUGGAAUUACCAUUAAAGCUAAACAGUGAUAUGUUAAAAAGAUUAAACUAUAAACUAAGUGAUCAACAAAAAUCAAUUUUAGCCAAUUCAGCAAUAAAUAAUACACAACCACAAUCACAGCCACAAUCAACACCAGUUAAAGAAAAUAAUAACACUAGCAAUAUUAGCAAAUCACCACCACACUCAAAUAGCAAGCCAUUACAACCAAACUCAAGAGGCCAUUCUAGACACUCUUCACUUAAUAAUAGUAAUAUUAGCAGUCAUAACACAUUUUUCAAUGAAAAUGAAGAUAUUCACAGUAGCUGUAACAGUCCAAAUGUGAUGGCCGAGCACUUUUCAAAUUUCAGUACAAAUCAAAGUCAUCAUUACGAAUUUUUAAAUUAUCAUUCAGAUGACAUUAAAAUUGGCCAAAUUCCAAAACUAUUGGAGGAUUAUAAAAAAUUGAUUAUUGAAAAUAAUAUUUUAAAAUCAAAACUAAACAAUGGUAAUAAUCCAGCCAAUAACAAUUUCCAUAUUUCUGAACCUUCUUCACUUUCAUCCUCACCAGCACUAUCUCGUAAUAACUCUACAACAUGGAAUAAUCAAAUUUCCCCCAACCUAUUAUCAAACAACAAAUCUAACAACAAUAGUUUAUCAUCAAAAACAAUUUUAGAAGAAGAACAGUCAUUACAACAAGAUAAAAAAGAAAAAGAAAAAGAAAAAGAAAAAGAAUCACAACCAAAUAUUAUUGAAAAAAAUCAAUUUGCUGAAUCACCAAAUACACCAUCAUCAUUAUCUUCAUUAUUAGAUUAA